GUUCCCUUUCAUGGGGCCAAAUCUUCGACGACACACAAUGAGAUUCUUUUUCGGGUGAGCCAAUGGCAGAUUGAAUUUUCCCGGACGUCUUUCAAAAUUUCCACACGCAUAUUAAAGAUUUUUGUUAUUUAGACUUACUUUUGUAGCUGACCCGGUGAUCACUCUCUCAAGUCUUCCUUCUCUGCAGUUUCCAUGUUCUUUCCGAUCAUUUAUCCACCCAUAGCUUGCUUCAUCAUUAGCUCCAAAUUAAGCUAAAUUAGUUGCAGGAUUGAACAAGUGCCCAAGUCAUGGAAGCUCUUCGUAUCUCCAUGUUUCCUCUCUUUUUCCUCCUUCAAUUCUUCUACGUGGCUUUAGCCGACAACUACACUGUUCCGGAUAAGUAUUUCAUCAAUUGCGGGUCCGAUCGCAGCGAAACCCAAGAUGUUCAGGUUUUCGUUCCUGACUCUUCCGUCUGCUUUUCGAAGCACAGCUCGGUCGCGCAGGAACAUAAUAAAUCUUCAACCGCAGGUCCUCUGUAUCGAACCGCGAGAAUCUUUCGUGGUCCGUCUGGUUACAAGUUCAGGAUCCACGAAAAUGAUGGCGGCUAUUAUGUGGUACGUCUCCAUUUCUAUGCUUUCUCGUCCCCAGAUAUUCUAUCUAGGGCUCGAUUCAAUGUUUCGAGUGCGGGAUUUUUGUUGUUGGAUAAUUUCAGUGCCGAAAGUCUAACAAACUCUCCCGUAGUUAAGGAGUUUUAUCUGAAAAUCAAUAGCAGCAGGAGCUUUCAAAUCGAUUUUAUUCCUGUGGAUUCAAGUUUCGCAUUUGUAAACGCCAUAGAACUGUUUCGACUCCCCGAUAAUUUUAUCCCCAGCAAGGCUCUACCACAUGCUACCAGCAAAGGAAAAUCCAGUGAUUACAAGGGCAUUCUCUCCUCGGUGUUACUUAAGAGUUACAGGCUUGAUGUUGGUGGCUCUGAGCUUGAAGAAAUUGAUAGCUUGCGGAGAAGUUGGGUGAAAGAUGAUCGAUACGCUAAAAAUGGAGAACCGAUAUCUCGCGCUGUUAAUAUUAAGUACGUCGGCGAAGAAAAUAAUAAUCUGGAUAAUAGCGGUGGCCUUUUUGGCCUGGCAUCCACUGAUGUUAUAGCCCCAGACACUAUUUACCAGUCAGCCAGAGCGAUGACUUCAGGUUCUGUCAAUGGGGAUAGGUCUUUAAACGUAUCAUGGGAUCUUCAGGUAAAGAGCAAUGCUAGUUAUUUCAUUCGAGCUCACUUCUGUGACAUUACCACUAUGAGUGAUGGUCUUACAUACUUCAAUUUUUAUAUCUACAACAACUUCAAUUGGUCAGUCCGCCCCGAUUACUGGAGAUCUUCUGUUCCUUUUUAUCGCGAUUUUGUAGUCGAUUCUGACGGCUCUGGAAACUUGAGGAUCAGCGUUGGCCCUGAUGAAGCAUCUAUUGUUAAAAAUGCUUUCCUGAACGGUCUUGAAGUGAUGGAAAUCGUUAAAACGCCAGGUCAAUAUGAAGGGAUCGAGUACGAAUGUAAGAAGCAGAAUCAUAAUCCUCUUCCUGUUCCUCUAGAGGUGGGGCUUGGAGCAUUCGUCCUGAUUUGCAUUAUGUUAAUUGGGCUCUGUUUGAUCCUGAAAUGUGUGAAACCAGAGAUUAUUACUGCACUGGAUUGGGCGCCACUUUCAGUUAAAGGAGGAGGGAGUUCCCACGGCAAAGGAAGCAACCAUGGCUCGUCUCUGGGCAACUUAAAACUGGGACUGAAGAUGUCUUUUCACGAGAUUCAAUCGGCAACAAACAAUUUUCACACAAAACGGAUUGUUGGGAAGGGUGGAUUCGGCAAUGUGUACAAGGGAGUUCUCAAGAAUGGCGUGAAAGUAGCUGUGAAGAGAAGUAAGCCAGGGUCAUCAGGACAAGGAUUCCCAGAAUUUCAAACUGAGAUCAUGGUCUUGUCCAGAAUUCGACAUCGUCAUCUUGUUUCCUUGAUCGGGUAUUGUGACGAGAGGUCUGAGAUGAUACUGGUUUAUGAGUACAUGGAAAAAGGGACACUCAGAGAUCACUUGUACAAUUCAAAUCUCCCAAGCUUGACUUGGAAACAAAGGCUUGAAAUCUGCAUCGGAGCAGCGAGGGGUCUGAAUUACCUUCAUAAAGGAGCAGCUGGCGGAAUCAUUCACCGUGACGUGAAGUCCACCAACAUAUUGGUCGACGAAAACAAUGUGGCCAAAGUUGCUGACUUUGGCCUUUCAAAAACAGGUCCUCUUGAUCAACAACCAUCUGUCACCACAGGUGUUAAAGGCACUUUUGGAUAUCUCGAUCCUGAGUAUUUCAGAACCCAACAGUUAACGGAAAAAUCUGAUGUUUACUCAUUCGGGGUGGUCCUUCUCGAAGUGUUAUGCGCAAGACCAGCACUUGAUCCGACACUUCCAUGGAAUCAAGUGAACUUGGCUGAAUGGGGAAUGUACUGCAAGCAAAGAGGGACGCUGGAUCAGCUGAUAGAUCCAAUGAUCAAGGACCAAAUAGAUCAGAACUCACUCAGAAAAUUCAGUGAGACGGUGGAGAAAUGUCUGCAAGAAGAUGGUUGUGACAGGCCGACGAUGGGUGAUGUAUUGUGGGACUUGGAGUAUUCACUGCAACUUCAGAGAGGAGCGAGACAGAGGAAUUCAUCAUCACAAGAGUAUUCUUACAGUGGGACUACAGCAUCAAUUGAAUUGACCAAUGUCAGGCGUCUUCCUUCACUGUCAACACCAGGAGACUCCGACGUCAUGCCAAUCUUGAACGAUGAUAGUGCAUCGCAUUGUUUUCUCUCUGUCGUCACAAAUUGAUGGUGCCAGAUAAGCAACUCUUGAGCCCCUCAAAUUAAAAUCACCAUCUUAGGCUUCGCUUAAUUUCUUUGGCUUGCGAGUUUCUCUUUGGACUUGUUAAUAUAAUUUUUGUUACCUUGCUCAUUGAAAAGUGGGAUUAAGUCGUAAGAUUAAUGAUAAUUUUGCUGUCGAUAUUGUGAUUGAUCAA